AUGCUGCAUCUUGUCCAUUAUAGAAACCAACUCAAGCUUUCAUCUUCCUCUUUGUCCAGUGUUCUCUUUGUCUUCAAUACAACAACAUGCUUCAUUUUUAGUUCAGACAGCAACCCAAGCUUUCAUGUUCCUUUGCAGAAUGCCAUAGUGCCCUUCAAGGAACUGUGUGGCCUCUCGGCAGUGGCCAACCUGAAGCAGUGCAUCCUGGCCCUGUCCUCACGGCUGACUGGGGCUGACAACAACCCCCUCCUGGUGUUCAACCUCAAGGACCAGUACCCCACCAUGGAGCCCCAGAGCCUGCUACCAGAGGUCCUGAAGAAGGUGGUCACCACCUAUGACAUGAUGAUCCAGACCAGCAAGGCUCUGCUGGAGAACUUUGAGGGAGUCUACGACCGAAUACUGCUAACCCAGAAAGCAGCGAUGGAGUUCCACGAGAACCUCCAUGACAUGGCAGUGAAGGAGGGCCUGAAGGGCAGGAAGCUGACCAAGGCUGUGGAGAGCUUCACCUGGAACAUAACCAUCCUCAAGGGCCAGGCGGACCUGCUGAAGCAUGCAAAGAGUGAGGUCCAGGAGAACCUGAAGCAGAUCCACUACGCCGCCCUCACCUGUAACCUCAGUAAGGACGGGCCAUCAGGGAGCACGGCAGGCUCCGAGUCCAGGACCCGACAACGCAGCCUGGACGCCAUCCCCGAGAAAGCCAUGGCGGAGGACGGGCUCUCUGAGGAGGACAACUGAAGGCUUACGCCCUAAACCCUUCAUACCCCCAAGCCCCUUGCCUACCCUAGUGGCAUUCAGAAACCUCCUUAUCCUUACCGCAGUCCCACACAAACCUAACUACAGUAUAACUGUUCCAGUGCCGUUGCCACACAAAACUAUUCUUAUUCCAGUGCCGUAUACAACCAUUCCAUUCCCACCCCAGACCCACUCAAACCUCCCUUUGCUUAACCCAGUCCCACACAAAAAGCCCUUAAUCCCUCCUGCCCACCUCAACGUCCAACAGCAAGAUGUUGCGGGUCAACUAGGAGGGCCAAGUGAACUUGCAGCCACGGGACAGUCUUAAAGCAGUGACCUACUGUAGAGACAGUGCACUUAUUUACAGGCGGACCCCAGGGUCUGACCCUAGGAGAGCGAGGUCCAAGGAUUUCUUAAGCACAAUUUAUGGGUUUCUGACCAACCAGAAACCAGAGCUGUGAAUGUAAUAGGAAACAGGAAGAGGAAAGAUGGAGAGAAGGAAAGGGAGGAGGAGAGAGCUGUUUACAAUUAAUGAACUUGUUCUUGUCUGCCAAAAUAGUAUGUGUAUAUAUGGAGUUGUGUUACUUUUUCUGGAACGUGCAUCAUUUUAUUAUUGUGUUCUUGAGAAAUAAGAUUUAUUUUGUAAAGGAAAUGGCUCGUCCAUUAAAAAUAACUAUUUUAUUUGUCUGUACAGAUGUGAAAUUGGGGUGUCACUACGAAGUGACCUUUACACUUUCCCACUGGAGAGUUCCUUUGUCGAGACAUUGGGACGGCUAGAGAAUGUAAACCUCAGUGUGUGGUCCAAGGGUGGCAGUCAAGUCUCCAACACAACCAGCAAGCGCUUUGGGAAGGAACCACGAAGAGAGUAGCGCGUUAGGCCUAACGUUUGGUAUCAUUGCGCCAUUCCAUGUGAGAGAAUUGAGUAAGAAAUACAAAGUAAUAAUGGAUUCUAAACCUGUGCUGACGACUAACUAGCACCCUAUUCAUGAAUACUGUUCGAUAUAUGACUGUGCCUCAUUGCUACAAAUCAUUCAACAAAGGGGAUGGAUGGUCUUCCUCACCAUCCAUCCAUCUUAACCUGCCUUUCCCCACCAGUUGCUUCUAGUUUGCAUUUGUCCUCUGUUUAUUCUCUCCACGGUACUGAAACAGUGUUGCUCCUGGUCAACUUUAGCCACCCACCACCACCACCUCUGGAUCUCAUAUUUCACCACCAGUGUUUUAACUGGGCCCACACUGGGACAAAAAGUAAUUCAUGAACUUCAGUGCUGUGACAGUUGUUGUAUUUAUAACUGUUGUUAACCAUUUUUACAGAUGGAGGAGAAAAAACACGUUUAAAACUCAAUACCGGUUUAGCACUUAUCUGUUAAUUCCCGAAACCUUCAGAAUAAACCACGUCAAAUCGUU